GAGAGAAUGAACGCAAUGCUGACAGAACACUGAGGGCUGCAAACAACUGAAGACACACAGGUGUCUUCACUUCCCCCCUGCUGCCUUGUUACACCUGCUUCAAUAAACGGUGAUACCCAGGCUGUUGUCUAUUUCUGAGAAAUCUGUGUUUACUGACUGAACACAGUGGGUAAAAAGAGCACCAAAACUUCCCCUGCUCAUGUUCAGCCAUGUUCGCACCUGCUAAGACGGUCACAUUUGUGGUGCUGGUGAUCCUCAGCCUGUCAGGCCUCAACCACAGCUUCAAGCCACUCUUUGAACUUUUGUUUGGCUCUAUAACUCACAGUGUCAUCACAGAGAGGGCAGUGCUUAGAAAGACAGCUGAGGUCUGCAGAGACAUCGCCGCCUCAGAGGGACGAGACUUCAGCCUGACUAUUGACGACUCUCUAACAGCCUACCAGGUUCAAAGUGCGUGCUUCUCCACAGGCUUCCUAGGCUCGCUUCUUUCAACCUUCAGCUUCAAAACGUCUAUCACCAGCAUUUACCUCAGUAACGCAUUAGUAGAUGUGGUUUCUGUGUCAAGUGCUGAGCAUCAUUUUGACAGUGAGACCUUCCAGGGAGGACGGGCUAUUAUUACAUCAGGUAAGUCUGCUGUGAUAAAGAGUGCGAGACUGGGGAACUGUAAGGCUGCGAGGCAGACUCUUGGACAAAUCCUUCAUACCCUGCAGGACUUCUACAGCCACAGUAACUGGGCGGAGCUAAAGAAGACUGUCCCAUACAGCCCUCUGAUCAGACCAGACCUUCCUCUUGAGAACCUGGCAGGCCCCAACACUCGGACCUGUAGAAACUGUUCUGGAGACAACUGUGACGACAACAUUUUACCCGAGGUGAUAGACCAGGGCCUCAUCACUUCAGGCUACUUUACUUUCUCCAUAUUCUCAUCUGCAGAGAAACCUCCAGGUAAAUGCAGCCAUGGUGGAUUUGGUGACGGGACGAGCAAACGUGAUCCAGUGGGGGGCAUCAACAAGGACACUACAGAUUCUGAACAUGGAUCUUAUCACCACAGAGCUGCUGACCUGGCUGUGAGCGCCACCAUGGAGCUUCUGGAGGACAUCAGACUGGCCGUUGGAGACAACAACUUCCUGAAGUUGAUGGGCCUCUCCCAGUCCUCAGCGCUGUGUUUUAUCAUCGACACCACGGGCAGUAUGGGGGAUGACAUCGCUGAGGUGAAGAGAGUGUCUCGUGAAAUUAUUGACAGUAAGAGGGGAACGGCGCUGGAGCCAUGCACCUACAUACUGGUACCUUUCAACGACCCAAGUUUCGGACCCGUGUUUCAGACGACUGACGCAGACGCCUUUAAGAACCGCAUCGACAGCCUUUUUGCCUUCGGUGGAGGAGAUGCACCCGAGUUCAGCUUGUCAGGACUUGAGCUCGCCCUGACGUCUGCUCCCCCCAACUCUGAAAUGUUCCUCUUUACCGACGCUGCAGCAAAGGAUGCUGGUCUGAAAAACACCAUCCUAGCCCUCAUCGAGAGCACCGGCUCUGUGGUUAAUUUCAUGUUGACCAAUGUUCUGCUCAGCCGUCGCCGCCGCAGAGACCCUCAGGGACCAUCUCCACGCCUGAGCCAAUCAGAUGCUGUGUUGUACAGCAGCCUCGCACGGGCCUCCGGAGGCCUGGCCAUCGAGGUCUCCAAGGCGGACCUUUCUGAGGCGACAAGUGUGAUACUGGACUCAACAGCGACUGCUGUGGUGACAGUUUUCCAGGCUGUGAGGAAUCCUGGACGGCCAGAUAAUUUCACCUUCACAGCGGAUGGAUCUCUCAGGAACAUGACCAUCUACAUCACCGGAGACUCCCCCCUCACCUUCACCCUCACCGCUCCAACAGGUGUUUCUCAGACUUCCAGCCAGUCCUCUGGUCCUCUGGCAUCCUUGACCACAGCUGGAAACCUGCGUCGUCUGAGCCUCGGUGCUGAAAAUCUGACAGGAUCAUGGGAGCUCAGUGUUAGUUCUCUAAAUUCUUACUCUGUAAAGGUCACAGGUCGAAGUCCAGUGAACUUCAUCGUCAGCACUGUGGAGGCUCAUGAAGGCCCACAUGCGGACUUCAGUAAAAAGGAAGGGCGUCCUCUUACAGGUGGGAACGUCACCCUCCUGGUCACUGUGACAGGAAAUGACACUGCAAAGGUCACAGAGGUCACACUGUUUGACAGCUCAGGGCCAACGGAGGUCAAAGGAUCACCGCAGUCGGUGGGAAGCGGCGACUACCUGGUGACCUUCAGCGGCGUCCCAGCCGGCACCUAUGUGGUUCUUCUGAGAGGAGAGGACAGCAGCGGGUCAAUGCCAACCACCUUCCAGAGACAGGCCUCCACCCAGAUUAAGACCUCUGGCAUUUCUGUAACUACCCAGGCCAACAACACCAGCAUAGAGCCGGGCUCCACCAUCUCCAUCCCGUUCACUGUGGCCAUCGUCACUGGUGGGGUCGUCGACAACUCUUCUACUGAGACGUUCACUGUACGAGCCAACAAUGACCGCGGCUUCACUUCAACUUUCCCCAGCACCGUCAGCGCGACCGAGGGCAGCGGAGGCAGAGCCAACGGCACCGUCACCUUAACAGUACCGAGCAACACUGCAACAGGAACAGACGUGACCUUGACUAUCGAGGCAGAGAACGCAGCCGCCACUGACAUCAACUUUGCUGUCUUCACCCUAUCUGUGACGGCCGAGGUCAGGGACGUUACCCGUCCAGUGUGUCAGGAAGUCAGCACAUCAGGUCUCUGUCCGUCCUCCAUAUUGCUCUGCUCUUCCUCUGAGUGGACUUUCAUUGCCAACCUCACUGAUGGCAUCAAUGGAACAGGUAUCGACAGUAUCAGCAUCCGCACAGGAAACGGCACCCUCAAUACGAGCAUGGCGACCGGAGCCGGGGGUGAGAACAUCACCGUGGUUACAUACAGCGCCACCUGCUGUUCACAGAGGGUAGUGCUGGUUGCUGUGGACAAUGUAGGAAAUGUAGGGACAUGUGAGGGUCAGGCCCGAGUCAAUACCACGGCCGCUCCUGUGACUACAGGAAGUCCUGUGACUACAGGAAGUCCUGUGACUACAGGAACCACGUCAGUUACAGUCAACACUACAUCCUCUGGAGGACUCGCCCUUAUCACUUCGUCCUGUCUCUGGAUCUGGGUCGGUUCUCUCCUCUGGAUGGUCCACGGAUAAGUGAGUGUCACCUUACUAAGACAGUUUCAUCCCUCUGUGUCACAUCUGCUCUGUAGGACAGGGAUCACCAAGAGGGCCACAGUAAUCUGUCUGUCAGUACCAAAGAGCCAAGUUGACAGAUACUCUCAGUUUUACUUGUGAUUAUUAAUAAUUUGGUGAAAGUAAGAAUAAGUUGCUUCUAUGAUCGUUUAUAAUACCUUCUUAAUGGUUUUGGAGAAACAAGCUGCUGAUUCAAUGAAGGGGACAUGAUUGUUUUUGCUUGCAUAAUCAUUUUUGGAGAGCAGUGGUUCCCAACCUUUUCAGCCUUUCAGCUGUACCUGAAGGUGGUUGAACAGCCAUGAUCAUUCUAGAAUAGUCUUGUGCAGAAAAGGCCGUCCAUAAGGGGGAU